AUGGACACGCCGGCAGAAAGCUCACGUCGUCCUGAGACGCCCUCAGCCGCAAGUUCCAAGCCAAAGAAGAACCUCAACUUCUGCGGAGUACCAUCAUUCGUGACCUUCAUCGUGGGAAAAGAGGCUCAGAAAUUCACCGUACACAAGAACCUCGCUGAACAUUACUCGCCUUUCUUCACAAAAGCAUUCAACGGCGGUUUUAUCGAAGGACAAACGCAGGAGAGGGUACUGGAAGACGUGGAACCAGUUACAUUUGGUCUUGUGACUAAUUGGCUGUACACGCAGAAAAUCAUACAUCCAGAAGACAAGAAGGUCCAACUCGUGGAAAUUGCGAACUUAUGGGUACUUGCGGGUCGAUUUCUGAUUCCUCAACUUCAAAACGAGGCUAUUCGACGCACACAAGACACACCAGGGUAUUCGAGGGAAGAAUUUGAGCCUUACGUGAAAUUCGCUCUAAAAAGAGAGCUUGAAGGCACUCAGCUCUACCAGGCAGUGUUAGAUGACGUAUUGCGACUCUGUGGUGUUAUUGCUGAACCUCCAAUGGAAGCAGAAUUCCUUGAAGACUUUGCUGAAAUAGUCACUGAAGAAGGCGGGAACACCGCUGCAAUAGUCAUCAAAGCAUUGGUUAUUCAUUGCGCUGGAUUUCUUUCCAAUAUGGCACCAUCAAAGUCUAUCGAAGAUUACUUUGUGGAGGAAGGCGAUGCUGCUAGUGGAAAUUGA